AGGACGUGACGUCACAUGAGUCUUUUCCACACGUUUUCGUAGUGAACGACAGCCGUGAAUCUUAGCUCAGAAUGGGUCGUGUACGUACCAAAACCAUCAAGAAGGCCUCUAAGGUCAUCAUCGAGAAGUACUACACUCGGUUGACCAUGGAUUUCGACACAAACAAGCGUAUUGUGGAAGAAGUGGCCAUCAUUCCGACGAAACCACUGCGUAACAAAAUUGCUGGUUUUGUAACCCAUUUGAUGAAGCGUCUGCGUCACUCGCAAGUGCGUGGUAUUUCCAUCAAGCUCCAGGAAGAGGAACGCGAGCGUCGCGAUAACUAUGUACCGGAUAUUUCUGCAUUGGAGCAGGACAUCAUCGAGGUUGACCCAGAGACGAAGGAGAUGUUGAAGCAUCUGGACUUCAAUAACAUCGUCGUCCAGCUGACCAAUCCGACCGCUCCUGGAUACAGCAAUAGACGUAACUAAGAUCACGCGAGAGUCUGGUGUGUAUCGUCUAAGAUUACCGUACUGAUUGGUUUCUUCCCGGCGCCGUGAAACAUAUGUGUGCUGAAAAUUACCUCAUUAUAGAGGAAAGAAGAAAUUCAAUAUAAACAACAAAAAACAGUGCGUUCAUAA